UCAACAGACAAGAAUAUUGUUCAAGCUAACAUGGCACUUAAGUUAUAAUGAUUAUUUUGAGCGAUCAAAUGUGCGAGCAUUGCUUAUUUCUGACAGUGUUGCUUUAAAGUGGAUUAUCACAGUUUUUUCGUAAUACGACCCAUAGUUUUUUCUUCCUUUUCCUAUUCAACUAUCACUGACUGGAAUAAACUUCCAGAGUCAGUUAUUUCUUCUUUAAAGUCUUACAAAAAAACUAUUUCAGUAUCUCUUCCAGUAAAAUUCAGGCUUGUUGUUAGUCAAAAAGCCCAUGCUACUUACUUUUUCUCUGUCUUUUAAUUAUUUAUUUAUUCAUGCCUUUUGUUGAACAUGCUAUUUCUUCAUGCUUUCUUUUGUUUGUUUUCUUUUUGUUCAUCGCCUAUCAUCAUUGAUUUGUUGCUUAGUUUGAAUUAUUAUAGGCUGUGGACCUUCAAUAGACUAGUCUUAGUCUUAGGAUAUUUAGAACAUCCCAGAAGUGAAAUCGAAAUGCUUUUCGUCAUCUGGGACUGGAUUGAAGCUUAGUUUUUUUUGGCGAAGGACUGAGAAGGAUAUGAAAAAAACUCGUUAGACUUGUUCGUAUUAUGUUUUCACUUUUAGAUCAACAUUACUGGAAGAAGAAUGGUUGAUGAGGAUACUUUAACAGCAUUAUCCGAACAAAAUUUUAUCAAUUUGUUAUGCAACAUUCUUGAUAAAGCAUUUAAUCGUGUGUCGCCGACAAGAUUAACUGUAGAACCCUCCACCUCAACAUACUACCAAACACGUUUAAAAUUAAUUCAGUUAUUGAGAUCCACAAAUCCAUCAGCUACAUCAGAAGCGAUUCACCAAUUAAAAGAAUUUAAUGAGUUGCCAAAUAAUUUACAACUGGUUUAUGAGAAAUUUAUUAAAGAAUAUAAAUUUGAUAUUGAACGUUAUCAUUUGUACCAAAGUAGUCAACAUAUGGAAGAAUCUUAUUUAAAAGAUUUUGACUGGAACAUAAGAAUUGCUAUGGUUGAUGAAAACUAUUCUAAAUGUCGUUUACCAUUAUUGAAUCUAAAAUUACAAUUACUCGAACAAAAUAAACCAAAAAAUAUUUAUUUAGAAUUAGAUGAAACAGAAUUAAAUCGUUUAAUUACCGAGAUGGAAAAUAUUGAACAGGAUCAUGAGAAAUUUAUGCAAAGGCUUGUUAACCUUGGUCUGAAACCAAAAUUCCAAGGCGCAAGAAAAAAGUUUAUCUGCACAAGCACAGGAAUAUCGGUUGAUGUUAUUAUCGAAGGAGAGGUGCUUGGACCAAUUGUGUUCCCCAAUCCGGAAAAAUAUCGACAACAUAUUGAUGAUAUGAAUGUUAUUUCAUUACCUAAACUCAUCGAUUUAAAAUUAGCAUCGUAUCAACGGUUGCCUACUGAUCGUAGAAAAGAUUGUGGCGAUGUAAUUGAAUUAAUUAAAAGUCGGAAUUUAAAUCGAUCAUUUUCAGAUUUAUUAGAUCCAUCGGUUCGAAAUGAAUUUGAACAGUUGAUUCUUAGUCUCGAAAAAGACAAUCAAAAACGAUCUAUUGACGAUGAAUAA